GCGAGCAGUUCGGAUUGGAUCGGUGGUGCAGAGUGGCGGUGUCCAACGUUCAGUUCCUGGAUUCGACUCAAACAUGUUGUGGGUAAUGGGGCUAGUAGUGGCCGCCAUGCGGCUCAAUUACCAGGCAAAUGUGGUGGCAAAUGUCACGGUGAUUGAAGACAUUAGGAGCGCCUUCAGAGGCGUCACCAACGACACGGAGCUGGUGGAUCACAUAAUACCGGAAAUGUACGGGGCGAGCAUGCGCAGUCCGAAUCCCUCGUUUGUCUUCAAAAUGCCCAGAAAAUCCGCCGGCGGCGGGGAUAAUUUCGAGCUGCUAACAAUGCAACGAUCUGAUUUUGCGGAACCAAUCUUCCCCAAUAUCACCCAAUCAUCGCCCACGGUCAUCGAUUCACCCACGACAAUUCCCCCGGAAACGAGCGUGAAGACCAGUCUGAUUAUAUCGCCGCAGGUGGAUUGGCAGCAGAUGGGCCUUGAGGGCUGGACGGGGGAGCUGAAGCCUCCUGUUCCCUGGCUUGAGCAGGGCCACAAGGACCCAAGCCCGCCGAUCAGCUGGCAAAAUACGUAUCCCCACAGGGAGAUUCAUCUGGAGAUCAAGAACCACCAUUUCGAUGGCCGGGUGACGGAUAUCCGGGUGAUUACAUCCACAACUGGUAGACCAGCGGAGGCGGAGGACCUGAUGAACGGGCAAAACGUGUACAUAGCCCGGGUAAACGAUCCCUUUGGCUUCUCCAUGAAGUGGAGCUUCAGCAACGACAGCGGUCGGGAGCAAGAACUUUUGCCGGAGGGAGAUCGCGGAAAGAGGGACGUAGCGCGGCUGUACUCCAUGAUCAAGUGCUCCACGGGCUGUGAUCCACUGAUCUACAAGGGCUACGGCUGCUACUGUGGAUUCGGCGGCCACGGCGUUCCCGCCGAUGGCAUCGAUCGCUGUUGUCGCCUCCAUGACAAGUGCUACGGCCACAGCAACUGCAUCUCCUACCUGGAAUACUUUGUGCCCUAUGUGUGGAAGUGCUAUCGGGGCAAGCCGCUCUGCGCCGUGGAUCACGGGGAGUUCGGUGGCCCAGAUUCCUGUGCCGCACGCCUCUGCCAAUGCGACCUGCGACUCUCCAGGUGCUUGAAGAGGUUCUACUGCCCCCAGCGACGCUCCAUUUGCCACUCGUCCAGAUCCCGCCGCCUACAGAACCUCAUAUUCUUCGAUUGA